UGUUUACGCUAGCGUUACUGUUUGCUCUUUUGCGUGCAAGAAGCCGCAGAGAGUUGACUGGGACAGGACAUUGGUGGAGGGCAUACGAAGUCAAGACAGGGCACAGCAAAAAAUAUCCAGAAAUGUUUUCCCUGUCUUCUACAUUGCAACCACAGGUUACAGUCCAACUGAGCCACCUCAUCAAUGCCUUUCAUUCUCUCAAGAGCUCUGUUAGUAGCACGCCUGGCAGAGUUCAGCAUAGAGAUCAGGCCCCAGAACAAGAUGUACAGAUCACAGAGACUACCUGGAACCUGAGGGAGCUAGGUUUGACAGACCUAGGGGUAGGACAACUAGAUGAAAUAAUGAAUAAGUUGCUGCCUAGCAUUGUCCAGCAGGGGGCACUCCCAGCCUCAAACCCAGCCAAAAGCCCAUGGAAAACCUCCCACAGCUCCACAGAGUCAUUCUUCCACAACAAGCAUGGAUUUUCAGGUGGGCGUAUUUGUGGGGCUUCCCCAAUCUUCUGUAGACAGAAUAUUUCUCCUCUACAGACUUUACAUGUAGAUAUGCAGUUUUGGCCAUCAUGGCAGCAGAGUCGGGGCUUUAAGACCUUGAAGUCUAGAAGACGAUUGCAAGGUUUCGAUCGCUCAGUGGAAUCUGAGGGGUUUACUCCUUCUUUCAUGAAGAAUUUCCUGACACGAGACAAGGGACAAGAGGUGGAAACUCUUGACAAGAUGCUUAAAACCAGAAACAUUCCCAACGGACAGCAUGACGCUUUCAAGACUGGCUUUGCUGAAGGUUUCCUGAAAGCCCAAGCACUUUCUCAGCGCACACAAGAGGCCUUGAGGCGGACUCGACUCAUCCUGCUAGUGUUGUUGCUAGUGGGCCUGUACGGACUCUCCAAGACGCCCUUUCUGUCAGUGCGAUUCCGAACCACAUCAGGAUUGGACUCAGCGGUGGACCCUGUUCAGAUGAAAAAUGUGACCUUUGAGCAUGUGAAGGGGGUGGAGGAGGCCAAGAACGAGCUGCAGGAGGUGGUGGAGUUCCUGAGGAGCCCACAGAAAUUCACUGUCCUCGGGGGAAAACUGCCCAAAGGCAUCUUGCUUGUCGGCCCUCCGGGCACAGGGAAAACUCUGUUGGCCAGGGCUGUGGCAGGAGAGGCUGAUGUCCCUUUCUACUACGCCUCUGGCUCUGAGUUUGAUGAGAUGUUUGUGGGUGUUGGAGCCAGUCGCAUCAGGAACCUGUUCAGGGAAGCCAAGGGCAAUGCUCCAUGUGUGAUCUUUAUCGAUGAGCUGGACAGUGUGGGGGGCAAGAGGAUCGAGUCGCCCAUGCAUCCUUACUCCCGACAGACCAUUAAUCAGCUCCUGGCGGAGAUGGACGGGUUUAAACCAAAUGAGGGGGUCAUCAUCAUCGGGGCGACCAACUUCCCGGAAGCUUUGGAUAAUGCUCUGAUAAGGCCAGGUCGGUUUGACAUGCAGGUCACCGUCCCCAGGCCAGAUGUAAAAGGACGCACAGAGAUCCUUAAGUGGUACCUCAGGAAGAUCAAAGUAGACCCAGCUGUGGAGGCGGAGAUCAUUGCCAGGGGAACCGUGGGGUUCUCGGGGGCAGAGCUGGAGAACCUGGUGAACCAGGCGGCGCUGAAGGCAGCUGUGGACGGCAAAGACAUGGUCACCUUGAAGGAGCUGGAGUUUGCCAAGGACAAGAUCCUCAUGGGCCCAGAGAGGAGAAGUGCGGAGAUCGACGAAAGGAACAAACGGAUCACGGCCUACCACGAGUCUGGACACGCCAUUAUUGCAUAUUACACCAAAGACGCCAUGCCUAUCAACAAGGCCACUAUCAUGCCACGAGGCCCUACCCUGGGCCAUGUGUCCAUGCUGCCAGAGAGCGACCGCUGGAGCGAGACCCGAGCCCAGCUGCUGGCCCAGAUGGACGUCAGCAUGGGGGGCCGCGUGGCCGAGGAGCUCAUCUUCGGGGCCGAAAACAUCACCACAGGUGCAUCAAGUGACUUUGAUGGUGCAACAAAGAUAGCCAGAAUGAUGGUGACUCGAUAUGGAAUGAGUGAAAAGCUGGGUGUGAUGACAUAUGUAGACCAGACAAAGCAGAGCCCAGAGACACAAGCAGCUAUUGAGAAGGAAGUCCGGAUACUCCUGAGGGACUCUUAUGAGCGGGCCAAAGCACUCCUGAAGAGCCACACCAAGGAGCACAAGAACUUGGCCGAGGCCCUGCUCCGAUACGAGACCCUGGACGCCAAAGAGAUCCAAAUGGUCCUGGAAGGGAAGACUCUGCAGACCAGAUAAGCUCUGGAGGCUUCAGGAGGCUAAAGCCACGAGUCCUGAAUGUACAUGUGCAACCUCAACAAGAACAACAAGUCAAGCCGCACAAGCUAGUUUCUCCAAGUGUUUUUGACCACGUGUCUAGGCUACACAUCUGUCACUUUAUCCUCUGGGCCUCGGCGCACAACAGAAGUAGUCCGCAGGACCAGGCCCAGGAAUUGUUCACCCAAUCAAAGUCUGUCCACGUAUGUCUUGUGACUACUCAGGCUGUUUGUUGACUGUCUUCACUACCUGUUAUACCCACGCUACCCCUCUGCACUGGAUCAAGUCAUCUGUUCCAUGGCAAACAAGCCCACAAGCAGCAAGCCACUCAUGUCACUAGUAAUAAAACAGAAAUAAGGCCAGCAGUACAUACGUGUUUUCAGAUGUCAUCUGAUGUCUUUUGGUUGGUGGUUUCUCAAAUUAAUGCCAGUUGUGUUUUCUGUAUGUGUGUGUGUGUGUGUGUGCUUCUUGUAAAAGGUGGCCUUUCAGAAAUCUUUAGAUGGAGGUAUUUGUUUCUUGGGAGGAGGUGCAAAAAAAUGCAUCGUUCGUAGCACUUUGGUCAAUGCAAAACUGUAAGUGUGUGAGUGUAUAACCAUGCUUUAACUGAACACGGGGAAAUUGCUGCUGCCGUUUGGUCAUUUGAAAUUGCAAUCAACAUCUGAACGCAAGCAUGUCUUCUGUAUGUUUCUCCUGCUGUGAAGAGUAAGUGUGUGAGUGUGUACACGCCACAGGAGCCCCUUUGUGUGUGUGUGUGUGUGUGUGUGUGUGUGUGUGUGUGUGUGUGUGUGUGUACACACAAAGGCGUGGGACUGAUGAGGUUGAUAGAAAGUCUUUGAAAUGACUGACUCCAUGGACUUUUUUUUUAAUGAGCGACUCAGGGAUGUGAGGGGAUUGGUGUCUGGUGAAUGGCUGGAUGUGAGGGGAUUGGUGUCUGGUGAAUGGCUGGCCACGGCUGUGUUAUACAGACUCCCUGUUUCAUGCAUAUCAGUAAGGAGAUAUUGGUCUAUUCAAGUGUGACUGCUUUUAAUUUAGCUACGGUCCUUUAAGGGAAACUAUUCUAUGCUUAUGUAUUUAGGGUUUUUUUUGUUUUUAAAUUAUUAUUUUUUUUAGGGAAUUCUUUUUUUAAAUCAAACUGCUGAUUUAUUUCCCCUGGUGACAUACAGUUUAGAAAAAUAUGAUGGUUUAUGUAUGCUAGAGUCAUACCCGGAAGACUCUGAGCACCUUUUACAUACAUUAUGAAUGUUUUGGUUCAUUUGCUUUGGACUUAUUAGUAGUUUGCCAUGUUAAAUCCACAAAAUAUAAUCUGGUUAUGUUUAUUCAGUGCACAACUCUUGCCCUGGCUUCUGCAUCUUGCCCUUGUGUUUGCCUUUUUACCCAUGAUAUGUAUUGUACAUAUUUAAAGCACUUCAAUGGGAACAUUGUAUAUAGCUGUAUAGAGGUAUUUUAAGUUGAGUAUUUAGUUUUAUGCUUUUUGUGUCCGAACUUGACAGAUUUGUCAAACCCCAGCUAUAAAUAAAGUAUACAACAACUCCUA